AGAGAGAGAGAGAGAGAGAGAGAGAGAGAGAAUGGUAGAUCCAAGAAAGACAAGAUAUACGAUUGCAAUUAUGAAUUAAUGCAAUGUCAACAGCGAUUGGAACUCUACCACUGAGAGCCGCUGAACCCAAAACGAGCUCCCCCUGUUUUCAAGUCGAGAACCUCAUUUCCUUACCUUGCCUGCAACUUUGUCCUGAUCGUUCUGCACCUUGACUGUUGGAUUCGCCAGUAACAGAACGAACAGAACGAUGUUCAGCCCCAGUAACACCAACGUCAACAUCAACUCCAACAACAACGCCAAUAACGUUUUGCCCAUAGGCGCUCAUCAGAAUGUCUCCACUCACCCGAUGCAAAAUGCAAGCACUGGAGCUGCAAAUGCAUUUGUAAUCCAGGAUGGCAGUUUGGCGCCGCUGCGAAGUGCUGUUCUUAUGCGACCCUCGGGUACAUUGAUGGCACAAGGAUUAAUGAAUGGUCAGCCGCAGACCUUUCAGCAGGCGCACGCUCAACAGCUUCAGUCGCAGCAGUUUCAACUUCAGCUUCAGCAACAACAGAGACACCAACACCAACACCAACAGCAACAGCAACAGCAACAGCAACAACAGCAGCCCAUCCAGCAAGGCCCUUCAUCAGCGCAACAAUUUCAGCAAACUCAGUUGCCUAUUCAAUUGAUCCAGGCACAGGCGAUACCCGCUACACCUCUGAACUUUUCGUACCAAGUUCCCUCGCAAACGCCAGUCUACCAACCAGACCAAUUGAGCGCGGUUCAAUUGCAGCAACAGAGGCAGCUACAAUUUCAGCAACAACAGCUGCAGCAGCAACACCAACGAGUACCACCACAAAUCCACCAGCAACAGCAGCUUCAGCAGGCACAGCAGCAGCAGCAGCAGCACCUCCAGCUGCAGCUUCAACAACAACAGCAACAACAACGUCAACAGCAGGCACUACAGCUGCAGAUGCAGCAACUGCAACAGCAGCAAGCUCCACAGCAGCUGGAGCAAAAGCACCAGGAACCGCAACAACAACCGGAACAACCAAAGACUCAGAUGCAGCAACAUCAAAAGCAACAGCAACAACAGCAAUUAUUGCACCUAAAUUCGCAAUCCCAAGUUCAACCACAGCACCCGCAGCCUAUAUCGGAACCUCAGCCGCAGUCGCAUCAACAUCAGCCUCUUCAGGCACAGGCUCCAUGGCAAGAUGGCGAUGCCAUUCAAUUAAACAACGCAUCAAGUAUUGAUUUCACACAAGAUGAGCAGGAAGGAAAGGCAAUACUACGGCUAAUGGAAUUCUGCCGAAGCCUUAGUAAUCAUGAAGAGAAUCAGACGAUCGAGUUUUGGCAAGGGUUCGUAAACCAGUUUUAUGCGACCGAAGGUAGACAAAAGUAUACACUGGUUAAUUCUAUGGACAAAGGAAUCAAAGUGUUCGAGCUCCCUGUUUCGUCUCUUGCCAAGUUCUACCACGUCAACUGCGUAUCAGGUGUCAAAGAAAUGAGGAUGACGCUGGAUAGAGUCGUAGGGCUCGUUUCGAAGGCACCUCUGACAGUUGAAUGUUCCAAGGUGUCCUUACUUUCAGAUUACACCAAUGGGACCAAGGUUAUCAUGAAUGGCACUGUGAAGGUUGUGUUCACGCAGGCAUAUAAAAUCGAGAGGCUGGACUUUACAGCGUCAGAUUAUGUGGAACUCAUACCUCGCCCAAAGGAGGAUCUAUCAACGAGUCCGACUCUGGAUCCGAAAGCAGAUACGAAAAAAAGGCCGACUUCUAAGCGCGCGGGUGCGUCUAACAAAGAGGCGUCUCAAAGCGUUCCAGAACGCGUCGUCAAUGAAUUUGGUGUCACUAACAAAACUAUGCGGAAUCUCGAGAUUUCUGAUCUGCGCUCCAGGAUGCCGGAGUUGAUGCAGUCGACUGCAAGCAAUAUGAAGCUAUCACCAGGUUAGGACUACUACAAGCACUCAAAGUCGGAGGGGGAG